GGUACUCUCCAGCGCUGCUGGCAGUGAACUCCGGCCCCUGGAGGCUCCUGAGCACCAAUGGCCCCCUUCUACAGGAAGCUGAGGAUCCAUUCUUUUUGUAGACGGCUUUACCGAAGGACGCGUCGGUUCUUUAUAAACCUGAAGAAGUCCUUGAGAGGGAGCUGGAAUUGGAUUGUGGACAUGUGUUAUCUUAAUGCCCGGGACGAUGAGAAGCAAACUACCACAGCUGAGUGCAUUUUUCACAAAGAAAAAAUUACGGAGCUUGGCAAAACGCUGAUGGAUAUAGGGCUAUCCCUUGAAAAGAGAGCUCAUGCUGCCCAGAAAAUCGGACUACUGGCUUUCACAGGAGGCCUGAGCGCCGCCCAGUUUGCCAGCGAGUACAUGAAGGAAGUUGCUUCCUUGCUGCAGAAUGAGAGGAACAUGUCAGCCAAGACCAAGAUCCUGCUGCUGCAGGCGGUGUCGUGCUGGUGCUACUUAAACCCCGCCAGCCAGAAGAAGGCCAAACAGCUGCGCUUUAUUCCCAUUUUCGUAACUUUCUUCGAGUCUCCCUUUCAUUCCACCAACAAGAAUGAAAUAAACAACCACCUCCAGAUUCAGUUUUGGAUCUGCUACACUCUCUCUGCCAUGACCUGUAACAACUCAGCUGUCAUGCAGGAGCUGAGAUCCUACAGCUCUCUAAAAUAUCACCUGCAGAUCUUGGCGACGGAGAACUGGUCUGGGUGGUCUGAAAAUUUUGCUGAGGUCUUAUAUUUCCUCAUAGGUUUUCACAGGAAUUAA